AUGCACUCUUGGACUGCCGCCGUCAAGCGCGGCCUCAGCGAUGUCGUCGACACCGACAAGGACCCCUUCGCCUUCUCCCAUGGCCUCACCGGCGUCGACCAGACCGGCAACUUUCUGUGGGUCGACGUGCUGCUGGGCACCUUUGGCGGUAUCCUCGGCCUCACUCUGAUCCUUCGCGUCUGCCACAUGUACAAUUCCCACCUGCGCCAUGUCUCGACUAUGGGCACCGCCCACAGGCAGGUCUACUGGCGCCACAACCAGACCAACAUCGUUCCCUGGCUCAAGAAGCACGUCAUCUACGCCCCGCUCUGGAAGAAGCGACACAAUGAGGAAAUCCGCCUGUCUUCUGCCAUCAGCAUUGGCACCCUCCCCUCGCGCUUCCACAUGAUGCUUCUCCUCAGCUACGGCGCCAGCAACCUCGCCUACUGCCUCUGCCUUCCGUGGUCCCGCGAGGAGUCCGCCUCGGUUGUCGCCGCCCUGCGUGGCAGAUCCGGCACCCUCGCCGCCCUCAACCUCAUCCCCACCAUCCUGUUCGCCCUGCGCAACAACCCGUUGAUCUGGAUGCUCCACGUGAGCUACGACACCUUCAACCUGCUGCACCGCUGGGCCGCCCGUAUCGUCAUCAUCGAGACCAUCGUCCACACGCUGUGCUGGAUGAUCAACACCUACAACGCCGGAAAAUGGGAGGGUGUGGCCAACGUGCUUGCAACUGAGCCUUCGUAUGCUUGGGGAAUGCUGGGCACUGCCGCUUUCACCUUCCUUGGCAUUCAGGCCUGGUCGCCCCUGCGUCACGCCUUCUACGAGACCUUCAUCAACUUCCAUCGCGUGGGCGUUGCCUUGGGCCUCGUCGGUGCCUGGGUGCACAUUGACAUCCACGCGCUUCCCCAGCUUCCCUGGAUGAAGUUCAUGCUCGCCAUGUGGAUCUGCGAGUGGCUUUGGCGUACGUGGAGGUGCGCCAAGUACAACGUCAGCUUGCGCCGUGGCAUGUCCAAGGUUACCAUCGAGGCUCUCCCCAACGACGCCUGCCGUGUGACCGUCGACCUUGUGCGCACCUGGAACCACCGCCCCGGCUCGCACGUCCACCUGUACGUGCCGUCCCUCUCCGGCUGGGCUUCGCAUCCCUUCUCUGUUGCUUGGGCCAGCCAGCACCACCACUCCAUGCCGGCAUCCGUCGAGGAUGAGAAGCUCGGCCUGCCCACGACCAACCCCGCCUUCGACCUCACCAGGCCCAACCAGAGGAUGCGCAGCAUCUCGCUGGUCUGCCGCGCGCGUGAAGGUUUCACCCGCAAGAUGUACGACCGCGCCAAGGCGCAGCCAAUGGGCGUGCUUUCCACUUACGGCAUGAUCGAGGGUCCCUACGGCGGCCACGAGUCGCUCGACAGCUAUGGUACCUGUAUCCUCUUCGCCGCCGGUGUCGGCAUCACGCAUCAAACCUCGUUUGUCCGCCACCUUGUUGCCGGCUACCACGGCGGCACCGUUGCGGCGCGCAAGGUGGUGCUGGUGUGGAGUAUCCCCAACACCGAGUGCCUGGAGUGGGUGCGCCCCUGGAUGGAUGAGAUCCUGCGCAUGCCGGGCCGCCGCGAGGUGCUCAAGAUCCUCCUUUUCAUCACCAGGCCCAAGAACCACGCCGAGAUCAACAGCACGUCGGGGUCCGUCCAGAUGUUCCCUGGCCGCUGCGACGUUCAGACCAUCAUCGACCGCGAAAUCGCCGAGCGCGUCGGCGCCGUCGCCGUCACCGUUUGUGGUGCCGGUGCUUUCUCCGACGGUGUGAGGACGGCAGUGCGCUCGAGGGUGGAUGAGGGCAGUAUCGACUUCAUCGAGGAGGCGUUUACGUACUAA